UUCCGUUUGCCAAUUUCCCUCAUCGUUUUGGUGUGAAGUUCUAGAAGCUCGAUCUGGAGAUUUCUAAGUCGCAACCAUAAAUACAUCACUCGACUCAUCCCGUCUACUCAGAAAUCGAAAUCGAAUUCGUCAAUAAUCAAAUAUUAUUCAGCAUUCAAAACAUCAUCUUCUUCAACUUUCGAAAUCAUCAUCAAUCGAGAAGAAUGUCGCUAAUUCCAAGCUUUUUCGGCAACAACAGGCGAAACAACAGCAUCUUCGAUCCAUUCUCACUCGACGUUUGGGAUCCAUUCAAGGACCUGCAAUUGCAAUUCCCCUCUUCUUCUCUCUCGGGAGAAACAUCUGCGGUUGUGAACGCACGUGUGGACUGGAGAGAGACGCCCGAGGCGCACGUGUUCAAGGCGGACCUGCCUGGGAUGAAGAAAGAGGAGGUUAAAGUUGAGAUAGAGGACGACAGUGUGCUCAAGAUCAGCGGAGAGAGACACGUUGAGAAAGAGGAGAAGCAGGACACGUGGCAUCGCGUUGAGAGGUCUAGCGGACAAUUCUCGAGGAAGUUUAGGCUGCCGGAGAAUGUGAAGAUGGAUCAAGUCAAGGCCAACAUGGAGAACGGUGUUCUGACUGUGACUGUGCCUAAGGUUGAGACUCAGAAGAAGGCACCAGUUAAGUCUAUUGACAUCUCUGGCUAAAGCCAAUUUAGCUUUUAUAUAUACUCUCUGUUUCAUACUCAUGUGAGUGUUUUCUGGGUCUUUGAGUCUUCUUUGUGUGGUGUGUGUGUCUUUCUGAUUGUGGUUCUUCGUUUAAAUAUUUCUGGCUAUCUAUGUUGUCUUGUGGUGAUGAUGUAUUAUGGUAAUUAUUAAUGCUAAUAAUUAAAGUCUCUCA